AUGGGGAACUGUCUGAAGCCGCAGCGCGCAGCGACGUGGGCGGACGGCGACGAGUGGGAGGAGGCGGCGGAGGUCUGCAGCAGCAAGGCGGCGGCCGCUGCCGUCGAGGAGAAGAGGGUGGAGGUGAAGAUCAGGGUGACGCGGCGGCAGCUGCAGGAGGUGCUGGAGAAAGGGGUGCGGCGGCAAGGCCAAGCGGCGGCAGGUGGAGGAGGUGCUGGCGGAGCUGAUGGCUUCCGGCAGGGUGUGCUACCAGCAGGAGAUGAGGCGGCACUGGAGGCCCGCCCUGUACAGCAUACCGGAGGCCGCCGUCGAGGAGUCGUGAUGGCUGACGAGUUCUGUGCCUCUCUCGAUCAGAGUUUUCUGUCUGGUUAG